AUGCACGUGGUCAUACCCCGCAAACCACAGAAUGUAAGCUUCAUUGAGAAUCCAAGCAACAAAGACGUUGCUCUGGGAACUGUGGCUACCUUCACAUGCAAGCCACCCCCUGGUGAGUCUCCACUGACCAUUGAGUGGCGAAAAGAUGGACAACGUUUGAAAAUCGACCGGAUGAAUGUCACAAAAUCGGGAACGCUACGGAUCAGUGACGUUCGUAAGGACGACGGGGGCAUCUACACUUGCCUUGUCCUCGGACAGAAUGGCGAGAGGGAAAGUCAACCUGCCCAGUUAACAGUGAGAGGUAGGAAUCAGUAG